ACACACUGUAUCUGAAUCUCUGCUUCUUUUCUCUCCCAGAAUAAAUACCCACCUCAUAUGCUUAAAACCCUUUCCUUCGUCACCCACAAAAGCGCAAAACCCACCUCCUGGGUCUGCUGAUUUUCGGCCAGAGAUCACAAGAUUUCCCGGAAAAAUCCCCUUUUUUUUUCCGGGAAAAUUCGAUUGACGGUCUGGCAAUGAAGGCAGACGAGGCUCUGCCGGACCAUUUGCGGUGCAACCGGACUGACGGCCGUCAAUGGCGGUGCAAUCGCCCGGUCAUGGAGGACAAGAAGCUCUGCGAGAUUCACUACCUGCAGGGCAAGCACCGCCAGCACAAGGAAAAAGUGCCCGAGUCGCUCAAGAUCCAGAGGGGUACUGGGAAAUCGGAAGGCAAGGUCCCUCCGCUCCACAAUCUCAAAAUUAGGGCUCAGAAGAUCGAGAAGCCGGGUAAGCGGGCGGUGAGGCUGAAGAGGAAGAAUUUGGCGAGGGAGCUGGUGAGGAUUGUGGUGAAGAGAGAGGCGGAGAAGCGGCGCGAGGUGGAGGGGAGUGGCGGCGAGGAUAUGAUGCGGCGUUUGCCCAAUGGCGUUAUGGUGAUUUCACAAUCCGCCGCACGGCGGCAGCAGAGCGGCGGUGGUGCAAACGACAAUGUGGGUUCUCAGUGCGAUGUUAAGGUAGGAGUCGAUGCUAAUGUUGCUCCGAGGAGGCGGUUCCGUUCUAAGAAUCUUGAGCCACUGCCAAUUGGGGCAGUUCAGGUUAUGCCAUAUAAAAGGAAUGUGGAGAAGGUCGGGAGGAAGAAGUGUCACUGGUGUAAGAGCAGCAAUGCCGCGAGUUUGAUCAAGUGUUCGAGUUGUAGAAAGCAUCUCUUUUGCUUGGAGUGCAUCAAAGGGCGGUACUUCGACACACAAGAAGAAGUUAAGAUGGAAUGUCCAGUUUGUCGCAAAACUUGCAGGUGCAAGGUGUGCUUGGCUUACAAAUAUAAGGACAGUGCCUGUCAGGAACUUUCAAGUGAUGACAGUAGAGCUGACAAAAUUUUACAUUCUCAUUACUUGAUCUCUGUUCUUCUUCCUGUACUGAAAGAAAUAAAUCAAGAACGAAGCAUUGAGCUUGAGGUUGAGGCAAAAUUAAAAGGAGUGGAAGUUUCUCAAGUUCAAAUCCAUCAAGCUGAAUGUGGCUUUAAUAAGCAAUAUUACUGCAAUAAUUGCAGAACAUCGAUCCUGGAUCUCCAUAGGAGCUGUUCAAGUUGUUCUAACACUCUUUGCUUAAGUUGUUAUUGGGAUUUCUAUCGAGGUGUUCUACCAAAAGGAGUGAAGUUACCCAACAAUAAACAUGAUAGAAAGAGGAAAGCCUCUGUUCAGGGUCAUAAACAACUUUCUGCAAAGUCAAUAAGCAAACUUGAGCAAAAAUAUGGUGGUAAAUCUCUAACUGUUUCAAUGCCGUUAACCACUUCAAAAGCUUGUAACGGCAAUGAUGUAUCAUGCCCACCAUGGGAGUUUGACUGUUGUGGUAAUGGCCAAUUCAACCUGCAAUCCUUUCUCCCUGUAAACUGGAGUAAAGAGCUAGAGAAAAAGGCUGAAGAAUUUGUUUGCAGCUAUGAUUUACGAGAAAACUUAGAUGGUAAUUUGUGUUGCCCCUUGUGUCAUGGGGAUAAUCAUGAAACUGUAAGCAAGCAGUUGCAACAGGCAGCAACAAGGAGAACUUCGAAUGAUAACUUCCUGUAUUACCCAACCGCAUUGGAAGUUUAUGCUGAUAAGUGCGAGCACUUUCAGAAGCACUGGGUUAGAGGUCAUCCAGUUAUUGUACGUGACAUACUUUGGAGGACAUCAGGUCUUAGUUGGGACCCGGUUGCUAUGUUCUGUACCUACCUUGAGGCUGGCAUUACCAGGUGUGAAAAUGAAAAGGAAGCAUCAAAAGCCAGUCCUUGCCUGGAGUGGUCUGAGGUAGAAAUCAGCAUGAGACAAUCAUUUAUUGGCUCUUUUAGAGGGAAAGCACGUGAAAGUAUUCGACAUGAGAAACUGGAGAUAAAGAGUUGGCUUUCCUCCCGAUAUUUUCGUGAACAAUUUCCUGCUCAUUAUGCUGAAAUUCUCUCUGCAUUACCACUUCAGGAUUACAUGAACCCAGAUCUAGGCCGCUUAAAUCUUGCCACAGUGUUGCCUCUGGAAAAUAUGUCAGCUGAAAUUGGUCCAUAUGUUUAUAUCUCCUAUCGCAGUCCUAAUGAACAUCCCUCUGCACAUUUUGGGUCAAAACUGUGCUAUGACUUGUGUGAUGUGGUUAAUAUUUUGGCGAAUACUACAGAUGAUGUUUCGCCAGACAAAAUUAAUAGAAUCAAAAAGCUGAUGCGGAAGCGCCAGGCUCAGGAUAAAAAGGAGUCAACUGGUGCUCCAAAUGGUGAACUCUUGGGAACUGACAAUGAAAAUUCAAGUGAGGAGCUCGAUGUGAGUAUAGAAGAGAUGCAAAUACGGAAGAAAAUGGCAAGAUUUACUUGGCUGGCGACGGCCUCGGAAGAACCGACUUGUCUAAUUGACCGAGAUAUCGAACAGAAACAAGAUCACAAUAGCACAUCAAUGGAUGAUAUCCAACACGCUAAAGAGCAGAAGCUUUAUGAGAAUCAGACAGAAAGCCAUAACCAUUACAUGAAGAAAGUGGGAAAAUCUUGUGGUGCCCAGUGGGAUGUGUUCCGCAGAGAAGAUGUGCCAAAGCUUGUAGAAUACUUUGGGCGAUACUCUGCUGAAUUCAUGCAGCCGUGUGGAUCUCAGAAGCAUGUUGUCCAUCCAAUUCUGGAUCAGUGUUACUUUCUUGAUGAAUAUCACAAGUUGAGGCUCAAGGAGGAGUUUGAAAUCGAACCCUGGACUUUUGAGCAACACGUUGGCGAGGCUGUCAUUAUUCCUGCCGGGUGCCCCUAUCAAAUUAGAAAUCCCAAGCCUAGUGUAAAUGUAAUUCUGCACUUUGUUUCACCUGAGAGCGCCGCCAAGUGCAUCCAUUUGAUUGACGAACUCCGCCUCCUUCCAGAAGAUCAUGAGGCCGGAGUAGACAAGCUCGAGGUGAAGAAAAUGACUGUAAAUAGUUUGAGCAGAGCAAUUGACGAAAUAUGCGACCUUACAUCCAUAAAGUGUCCUGACUGACGUGGAUUCUCAGGGAUGUUGCCGAGGCUUAGCAGAGUAUCUUGAAAGGAUUCUGGCAUGUUAGGGGAAGUCAUGUGGAAGUGCCAGGUCUUGACCAGAUUGCUUCAUCAAGAUAUUCAGCAUCCCUGGAUUUAUGAUUUGGGCAGAUAGAAGGGCAUGUUUCCUACAGAAAUUUUGAUACCUCUCUCUCUCUCUCUCUCUCUCUCUCUCUGUGUACAGAAGUUCAAAUCAUCAACUGCAUUCAGCAUGUAUAUGUUGGAAAAUCAUUAGUUGGAGAUCAAUUGGUUCGGAAUGUAAAUAGAUUGAGUUGAUUGACCAUUCUAUCAAUAGAUUCUCAGGUACAUAUUG